GCAAGUGUCAUAUCUAGAAUUUCGAGGUGCCGGUUCCACCACUUGUGCCUGAAAAACUCCCAAUACAUACCAGCUUCUCCAGGAGGACAAGUGAGAGGGUUUAUCCGUCCCGCCACGAUGCCGACAGAGCCGACAUACGGGCAGGCGUCCGCAGCUGACUGUGAUUAAGGCGCUGAGAAUUUAAGUCCUUAAUCUAAUAUGUAGCCACGAAAUGCGCGAGUCUUCUACUUAAGUGGUUAAGGGAUUUUGUCGAAGCAGAGACAUACAAAUUUUGUUUCCAGAGAUUCGUCACUGAUAAUUACCUCAAACCAACGUGCUCGUGUUAAAUCAGCGUUUAUAUUCUAUUUUACAGUAAGGGUAGGCUGCAUCGCUGGACUUGGUUAUUGGAUUAUAAUUUUAGACGAAGAUUUUUCUCAUUUUUUGAUUGUAGAGUUUCCAUCUGAAUCUUAAUAAUACAGAAUAGGUGGCUUUAAGGUGUCCAGAGAAUGGUGAAUGACCGGUUGAAAAUCAUGAACAGCGCUUCAGAACUCGGAGAAGGAUCACAACAUAAGUCAAAGAGCACCUGCAGUUACCUCCUUUGGACAACCUUGCUCUUCGUGAUUGUUCUGCUUGCUGUCGCAGUUACGGGCACCAUCCUAUUUAUGAACAAUUACCAAGCCCCACCCAUGCCGAAUGGCCAGCCACUCAUCAGAACCAAUCAGGGUGAAGGAAAUGCCCUAGUUACCGUGGAAAGGGGUGAUGGCUCCCACAUAAACAUCUUCAUUGACCCUAACUGUCCUGACUACAACAAGAACUUCCUGCGGUUGGAGGGUGCUCACACUUCGCUACUGCACUCAUUCACUGACCAUGACUCUGACCUUAAAGGUCAGAAGGGUCAAGACCAUGUCCUUCUGGUCAACCUGGCGGACCAGCUGAAGAAGCUGUCUGUUCAUGCCAGCCAGCUGAAGAUGGACUACGAAUCACUAAGGCAUGGUCAGGGGAAUCUGGGACAGGAUCUGAAAGUACUCCAAACUGAGCAGGGCCAACUCGUCCAGCUGAUGUCAGAGAGCCAGGUUAACAUGGUGAAUGUGGUGAACUCCGUGAAUGAGGCACUCAGCUCCCUGCAGAAGGAGACAAGCAGCAUGAAAAACAGACUGAAGGCUGACCUCCAGAGAGCUCCUACCCGUGGGGCUCGACCCAAAGCCUGUGCCAAUGGAUCCAGACCACGAGACUGCAGUGACAUCUAUGCCAGUGGACAAAGAGAGAAUGGGAUCUAUUCCAUCUUUCCCACACACCACCCAUCAGGUUUCCAGGCCUUCUGUGAUAUGACAACAGAUGGAGGAGGCUGGACAGUUUUUCAGCGCAGGGAGGAUGGAUCGAUCAGCUUUUUCCGUGGAUGGGACGCAUACCGUAAUGGAUUUGGAAAGAUCACUGGAGAACACUGGUUGGGUUUGAGGCAGAUCUAUGCCUUGACCAUCCAGGCCAACUACGAACUCCGGAUUGACCUAGAGGACUUCGAGAACAACACUGCCUUUGCAAAGUAUGGUACUUUCGGAGUGGGCCUCUUCUCUGUGGACCCAGAUGAUGAUGGAUACCCUCUGACCAUUGCUGAUUACUCCGGCACUGCAGGUGACUCCUUGCUGAAACACAAUGGGAUGAAGUUCACCACUACGGACCAGGAUAACGAUCACUCUGAGAAUAACUGUGCCUCCUUUUACCAUGGGGCCUGGUGGUACCGUAACUGCCACACCUCCAAUCUGAACGGACAGUACCUGAAUGGGCAGCACACCUCCUAUGCUGACGGCAUUGAGUGGUCAUCCUGGACCGGCUGGCAGUACUCACUCAAGUUCUCUGAGAUGAAAAUCCGGGCUACAUAAGGAGGAAAACAAGUGAUCAGGAGUGAGAAACCGUGAGAAACAUGCUGACUCAAUGAGAAACACACAGACUCUAUUAAGGAAGUAUGACUCUGUGAGAGAUGCUAAUUCACUGGCUAUAAAGAAUUCUGACUGUGAGGACCACAUUGGCUCCAGAGGUGUGGUGAUGGCAGGCAAAGGAUGGUUAGUAAAAAUGAGUAUGUGAGUUUGCAGGGUUGCUGUCUCUGUCCUGAUCUCAAUGUUUUAACCAACUGAGGUCAUCAUUAAUAAUGAUUAUCGACCAUUUGUUCAGUCUGACACAGAUAUAGGUGUUCAUUUGAAGACUUUAAACCGGCCUGUGCGUAGGAUAUUCCACCUAAUUAGAUCAAGUUUUGCUUUUUUUUCUUGUUGAUACCUAACGUCUGCAGAUAUGUAUUACCUGGGCUUAUAUUGGCAGAUAUCCAUAUCUGGCUCCCAUACACGCACUUUCCUCAAACCAAUCUAGGAAUGAGAUACCCAGUGCAUCUCUGACCACUUAUUGAAACCCACCAAUGCAAUACCAUACAAUCACUGCAAUGUCAUCACUAUUGCAACCCGCCACAGCACCAUGACACCAUCACUACAGCUUAUCACUCCAAGACCACCAACACUUCAGCAAGUCACAGCAACACUUCGCCAUCAAUGCAACCACUCACUUGAACCAUUCACCAUAAUGAAAUAGACAAACAUAUUGAGGGAGUGUGAUGUUUCCACUCCUUCAGGUAGCUGAUCUGAAAGGAACAAAGAGGUUAAUAUAGAAGUCUGUCACACUGACACACUAAAAACAUGAGAACUGAGGUGCUUCUUUGCGCAGAAAGUGGAGUAUUAAUGCGGCACUAGGAUUCUGUGAUAAUGUUUGUAUAUACCUUGAAAUCACCAUGUGCCAUGUUAGGACUGAUUGGUAAACUGAAUGCCAACAACAUUAUAGGGAGAAGUGCUUCAUUUCUUUGAUUGACUCUCUCAGUAUAGUAGUUUCACUGUUGACCAGACCCGCAGUACACAUUACUUCAGCUAUUUGAAUGAUUCUACCCCAACCAUGCCAAGAGGCUACAGAUUAAAUUUAUUCUGUGUUUUCAGCUUUUCCCAUAGUAAACCCCACUCUAUCUGUGCAUGAGGACCCUGCUGUUCCUAACAUUGUUUUGUGUUUUCAUUUCGAAGAAGGGCUCUUUUCAUUUUGUGAUAUAACAGUUUUUGUUAUUAAUCUGUCCUGGAAACCCUGAAUUUUGGUACUGUUCAUAUAUAUUAUGUGAUUGUCUAAUUGCAAAGCAUUAAGCAAUUAUGUAAUAGGUAAUAUAUCCAAGGCAACGUCCUGCUGCCUGCAAAAAUGUAGUGUGUGUCAUGUCAAAUGUGAGAUUGCCUUUCAUUCUGUAUUGUUCAUUACCCUUUGAUAUGUCGAAAUGCUUAGUGGCUGAAGUGAAUCAGACCUUAAUGGUGUAAAUCUUAUGCAAAGGUAAGCAAACCCUGGUUGAACGACUAGUUCCUUAAUUUUUUGUCCUGACAGGAAUUCAAGGUGUGGCAAUAGACCAUUCAGGAAUUACUUUUGGAAUAGAUUUUCAUUGCAUAGAUUCUCUUCAUAUUAUAAAACAAUUAAUUUAUGAAGGUAGUAAUGUGCAUUCAUGUUUUGUGUUUGUGAAGGCUUUGCAGGCUGUAUAUUUAUUGUAUGCAGAACACAUUUUACUUUCAACUUUUCCAAAUGAGGAGCAACUAUGAGUAAUCAGGCACUGUGUAUUGUACGUUUUUAUUACUAUUGUUGUUGCUGGUUAUUGUAAUAUAUCUCAUUGCUAAACCCCAUUAGAUCACCAAUGUGAACGGUAGGUGUACUUGCAUCAGUGGCUAAAACCUAAGUUGUAUGAAUCAACUUGUUUGAGGUGUAAAACACCCUGUCAUAAAGACUUGUACAACUGAACCAUAAACUCCUAAUACAGUGGACACCUGUUCCACAGGAUCAAAUCUAAGUAGUCUUUCCCAACCCUGCACUGUUGUGCUGUUCCUUAUUAGAGUUGCAGGGCACAUCUGAAGGCAUUUGGAUUUGAGCUCAAAAGAAGAAUAUGAGAUUUCAUCUUUAUUUCCGCUGUUCAAAAUUAAGUUAUCGGAUGACCGACAGAUAUCAACUGUUCCUCAGGUGUUCCAUUUUGCAUGGAUUGUUCACACAUAAAAGGAGAGUGCUAGGCUU